ACUGAUUAUUUGUCUUGCUGCGUCAGUGAACGUACGGGCAAAUAUCAACCAAAUUCUUUUAAACUUUUUACAAGCUUUUGUUAAAUUUACCACCUUACGGUCUAAGCCUAGGAAACGAAGAUGUCUGUUUCACGACCUCGACAGAAUUUCCACCAGGAGAGCGAAGCAGGAAUUAACAAACAGAUCAACAUGGAGUUGUAUGCCAGCUAUUGCUACAUGUCUAUGGCCUACUAUUUUGACCGUGACGAUGUCGCACUGAAGGGGUUCAGCAAGUUCUUCAAAGAAGCCUCGGACGAGGAACGUGAGCAUGCCGAGAAACUGAUGAAAUACCAGAACAAGAGAGGAGGCCGAGUUGUCCUUCAAAACAUCACGAAACCAGAACGUGAUGAAUGGGGAAGUGGACUCGAGGCUAUGGAAGCCGCUCUUGCCCUAGAGAAGAGUGUCAACCAGGCUCUCCUUGACCUUCAUAAGAUCGCCGACAGUCACGGGGAUGCACAGAUGUGUGACUUCUUGGAGUCCGAGUACCUGGAGGAACAGGUCGAUGCAAUCAAGGAGAUCAGUGACCGCAUCACAAACCUGAAACGUCUCGGUCCAGGCCAUGGCGAAUGGCACUACGACAAAGAACUCCAGUCUUAAACACUCAAUCAAGCAUGACCUGUCGAUUAUUUUAAAUGAAACUUUGACUGUUUAACUUUGGUGCAAAGACAGGUUUUAACUUUUGAAGUUCGCAACGUUUUAAAACUGUUUGAAAUAAAUUAAUAAAAAGGCAGAACGACUGAA